AUGUACGGACAGUCGAACCGUCACGAUCCUCCCUCACAGCCAGAAUGGCGACUUCCUACGCGUCUCCCCUCGCAACCGUCGCAGCCGUCGCAGCCAGGGCCUCCCCCUCCUCCGCCUCCUCCACGUCCCCCGGUUGCUCAAUAUUCACCGGCUGCUCCAUAUUCACCGGCUACCUAUGGACCGAUUUCAAAUCCACAGAGGCUGCCAUCACCGAGUGGUGCGGAUACAACCACGUGGGGAGUACGGUUCAACCAGAACUCCGGUCCCCCGUUGCCACCUCGACCUCCAAGUACCAAUGAGCAACGAUAUGCCUAUGCGCAGCCUCAGUCGCAUACAUCUGUCGCAACUUCUUUUCACGGGACCCAAACCCCUCAGCCCCCACCUCCGUAUACACAAACACCACCACCUCCACCUCCACCACCCGGUGUUCCACAACUGCCCCCAAAGAUCCCCCAAGGCAUCCAGCAUGUACCAACCCUACCAAAUGAUCAGACGGGGCGAGUCUCACUGCUCUUUCAGGGCGCAGGGCCGGCUGCGAUGACUGGAUCUUAUGAAUUCCGCCCUGCGCCUAUCCUCAAUACAAAUACUACAUCUAUCAGCGCAUCCGCUCUGGGUCUUGGAACACCCUCGGAUUGGGAGCAUCUUGGCCCAACCCCUGGGAAUUUCGAUGAUGCAGCAUGGUUCCCACCUCGCAGGACACCCCCUCUGCAUCACGAAGGGUUUCAACCACCAUCAAGCCUUCCGGGCGAUACUCCCAACGUGUUCGUGGGAAGCGAGUCUGAUAUGGUCGCUCGUCCGAGGACAGAUACAAAUGAAACGCUUUCAACUACUAUCUCUGGGGCAACACAGUCGGGACGGGGUAGCUCAAAUUCGCCCGUCAGUCCAUGCACAACACAUGGAAUCCCAACACCGCCUCUACUGGCCCGCGCGGACACCACCAACUCCACAUUGUCUGGGGUUGGACGUUCAGAAACCAUCGAUAAUGUAAUAGAUGCAUGGGUCCGCCCAUUAUCGCCUGCGCAUAAACCACUUCAGCCAGAACAGCAGGGCCACCCAGGCGCAUUCUAUCAAAAUAGCCCAGUAGAGCGCUCACAGUCAGCGCAAACCAGCUCAUCGUACUUCGACCAUUUACAAUCGAACUCGAAUAGUUCUGCACGAAUCGCUGAAGAACCCAGAAGAGCGGCUACCCCAAAAAAACAAGAUCCCUUCGAGGAUCUGGACCCCUGGUCCAAAUCAUCGUUGGAGAGAUAUGUCGCCAUGCUACGCAAGGAGGCAGUGGCUGACUCGGAUGAAGAACGCUAUAAGAUCUUUACAGCCUUUAUGGCCAAAGAGACCAAGCUCCGGGAGAUUCUCUAUAAUAUUGAGCAUGAGCCUGAAAGUAAACCGCUGACUCCGCGAGCUCCUGAUCCUGCUCCUCCCCAGCCGCUAUCUAUUUCUAACAAAAGCGAACCGCCUGUUGAGUCAGGACUGAUACCCGUUGCAUCAGAAGAAAUCCCGCCUCCUUCGGCGGCAACAGCAACAGAGGAUGAAGAUUUCGAUGAUGUUCGCAGUGAGUAUAGUUCAGGUGGUCGGCCUCUGCUUGUUAAGCAAGCGCAACGGGUCUCGCAGUUUGUUCCUAGUUUAUCUACUCCGCCCUCAGGCGCAGAGUCGAGUCUCCCAAGACCCUUAUCGACCAUGUUGGUAGAUACGCAGAAGCAAGUCUUAGAGCCCCUGGCUACGAACCCUCCACGACCCAUAUACACGCCAUUCCAGUAUACAGAGGGUCCUCAGCGAGGCUCGGAUAACCUGACAUUCGCUCGCCCGGCCUACCAAGCCUAUUCUGAUCUACGGCAAGCUGCUGUCAGCGGGCGAGUCAUGUCAAACGCACCGGCACCUACAUCUCGACUGAGGUCAAACACUGCGCUUGCUUCUCCAGCUCAGAACGAAACAGACGAGACCUUCCUGGGUCUAAUCCGUCACAAGAGCGUCGCUUAUUCUAAACCGGCCGAGCGAAACUCUCCACCACUUCCAUUGCUGCCAGAAGCUCUUCGUCAAGGCCGGCCGACGGGCCUCGUGGAAGAAUUACGCACCAUAGUAUGGACACCCCUGGACAAACGUUCGGAAAGCUCCUGGCACAUCACGACGCGAGAGGAACUCGAAAAAUUCCCUGAUGAUUUAUCAUACAUCGGACGAACCGUUGAUCAAUGGGAAGAAACAGCGCGAGCCAGACGGCAAAAGCUGGAAGAUGAGCGUGUGGCUCGUCAGGAAGAAUCCGAGCAGCACAUCGAUGAACUUUUCAAUGGGAAAGAGAUCGGGUAUGCAGACAUCAAUACCUUGGAAGAAGACUUUCGGCAAACCGAAGCUCGGAUCCAAUUAGAGGAGGAACGACACGAAGUAGAUGAUUUCAUGACGCAUGUCUCCAACCCCUUAGAUGAGGGCCUGAAAAAUGAAAUCUCGGCGCUUCGCAAGUCCUACGACUCUGCUCUCAAUCAACUCGACCGUGAUCAACAGGGCAAGGGCUCACCAGGCGAGCGAGGCAGCCCAUCCGUGACCAUGAAGAUGGUCAACGAUAUUCACAACAAGCUUGAGAUUCGAUUCCAGAAACGUCUUGAGAUGGCCCUUGACUGUGAGCGACGACGGAAGAGGGCUGAGCGGCGACCACUUGUGGUCAUGGGUGAUAUAGCCGGUCUGCAAAAAGUGGAUGGAGAAUUUGACCAGAUGGAACGGCGAAAUAUUUUGGAAGCCUGCAAGGAUCGUGAUGACCGAGCCAACCGACUCAUGGAUUCCUUCGACGAUGCAAUCUUGAAUGGGCUAGGUAUAAAUCAGACCCUCCUGGACGAGGUUGCCUCGAAAGCAGCCCGGCUAGAUACCGCCACCCUCCGAGCCUCCGGUCUACCGGAUUCUGAAAUUGAGCAGAUUCUCAAAUCUGCGGCAACUUUUGCGGCGUCCCUCCGAGCCGAUUCCGAGGCUAUCAUCCGCAGCGCUGGGGUUGCAGAUAUGGCUCUAAACGAUGCCGACUAUGGAGUCUCUGUCGCCGAGGCACGAUAUGCCGACUCGGAUCCGGAUAUUUUCCAUCGGCUGGGGAAUGAGAAGAAAAAAGAGGAUGAGAAAAUUCAGGAUGAACAGAAUUCAAAGUUGCAGAGUAUUCAGAAGGGGCCUUUGCAGAUUGAAGCCACAAUUCAGCGCCUUGUACUUGGCUUGCAUAACGACCCACAAGCCGCUGCCCCUAUCUCUCCAGUUCAAGGCUCUUCCCCAGCGAGUCUAUCUGGUGAAGGGCCUUUGCCUCUACCUCCAAGUCUUCGCCCUUCGACUACUAGCCCGGGUCCAUCUCCCAGCCCAGCGCCCGUAAGCCAAAGCACGGAUGAAGACUUGGAACAUAAACAGAGGCUCCGCAGAGCGCUAGAGGCAGCCAAGCAGCGCAACGCUGCUAGGGCCCAUCAUUGA